GGUCCCUGCCCGCGCCCCCAGCAGUGCCCUGGCCGCAGAGCCGCCGCUGCCGCCCGAUGAAUGGAGUCGCCUUCUGCCUGGUCGGGAUCCCGCCCCGCCCGGAGCCCCGGCCCCCUCAGCUGCCACUCGGCCCGAGAGAUGGGUGCUCCCCUGGGCGCCCCCUCCCCUGGCAGGGGCCGCGGACGCUGCUGCUGCGCAAAAGUCUCCAGGAUGGCUUUGGCUUCACCCUGCGCCACUUCAUCGUGUACCCCCCCGAGUCAGCCGUGCACUGCAGCCUGAAGGAGGAAGAGAAUGGAGGCCGAGGAGGAAGAGGACCCUCCCCCCGGCACCACCGCCUGGAGCCCAUGGAUACCAUCUUCGUCAAGAAUGUGAAGGAUGACGGCCCCGCCCACAGAGCGGGCCUGCGCACAGGAGACCGGCUGGUGAAGGUGAAUGGGGAGAGCGUCGUUGGGAAGACCUACUCCCAGGUCAUAACUCUGAUCCAGGAUAGCGAUGAUACUCUGGAACUCUCCAUCAUGCCCAAGGACGAAGACAUCCUCCAGCUGGCCUACUCCCAGGACGCCUACCUGAAGGGGAACGAGCCCUAUUCUGGAGAGGCCCGGAGCAUCCCAGAGCCGCCCCCAAUCUGCUACCCUCGCAAGACUUACGCCGCGCCAGCCCGGGUCUCCACCUGGGCCACUAUGGUGCCUGAGCCCCUCUCAGCACUGCCCAGUGACCCCCGGAGUCCUGCCGCCUGGAGUGACCCGGGGCCCCGCGUCCCUUCCGCUGCCCGUACCCAUCCGGACAACUCUUCCUUAGGGAUGAGCCAGCCCCGCCCCAGCCCCGGUGCCUUCCCCCGCCUCCCCUCGGAGCCCCGGACGCCCCGUGCCUUCCCUGAGCCUGGCGGCCGGGUGCCUCCCAGCAGACUGGAGUGCCAGCAGGCCUUGUCACACUGGCUGUCAAACCAGGUACCCCGCAGGGCGGGGGAGAGACGGUGCCCUGCCAUGCCCCCCCGGGCCCGCAGUGCCUCCCAGGACCGGUUGGAGGACGUGACUGCCCACCGCCCAUGGCCCUGCUCCACCUCCCAGGGUGCCUUGAGCCAGCUGGGUCAGGAAGGCUGGCACCGAGCUCGCUCUGACGACUACCUGAGCCGGGCCACCCGCUCCGCCGAGGCCCUGGGGCCAGGGGCACUGGUGUCACCCCGUUUUGAGCGCUGUGGCUGGGCUUCCCAGCGUCCGUCUGCCCGCACCCCUGCCUGCAACUCCAGGGACCUUCCCGCACCCCAGGCCCCACCCCCACCUGGUCUCCAAGGCCUGGAUGACAUCGGGUACAUUGGCUAUCGGAGCUACAGUCCAUCAUUCCAGCGCCGGACUGGCCUCCUGCACGCGCUCUCCUUCCGGGACUCACCCUUUGGGGGGCUGCCCACCUUCAACUUGGCUCAGUCCCCGGCAUCGUUCCCACCAGAGGCCUCCGAACCACCCAGGGUUGUCUGCUCAGAACCCAGCACCCGUGCUCUGGAGCCUCCCGCCAAGGAUCGUCGCGACGAGGUGAUCCUGAGGCAGAAACCGCCCACCGGCCGCAAGGCCCAGCUGCCCCCCACAAGACAGAUGAACCUUGGGUUUGGUGAAGAGUCCCCAGAGCCAGAGACCAGCGGGCGAGUAGAACGCCUGGGCCGGAAGGUGGCCCCUUUGGCCACUACUGAAGACUCCCUGGCUUCCAUUCCCUUCAUUGAUGAACCCACCAGCCCCAGCAUUGACCUCCAAGCCAAGCAUGUCCCUGCCUCCGCUGUGGUCUCCAGCGCCAUGAAUUCAGCCCCCGUCCUGGGCACCAGCCCAUCCUCCCCAACCUUCACCUUUGCCCUCGGCCGCCAUUACUCCCAGGACUGCAGUAGCAUCAAGGCCGGCCGCCGCUCCUCCUACCUGCUGGCCAUCACCACAGAGCGCUCCAAGUCCUGUGACGAUGGGCUCAACACCUUCCGGGAAGAGGGCAGGGCUCUGAGGCGCCUGCCAAACCGAGUUCCCAGCCUGCGGAUGCUGCGAAGCUUCUUCACUGAUGGGUCCUUGGAUAGCUGGGGCACAUCCGAAGAUGCCGAUGCUCCCUCUAAGCGCCACUCGACCUCUGACCUCUCAGACGCAACCUUCAGCGAUAUCAGGAGAGAAGGCUGGUUGUAUUAUAAGCAGGUCCUCACCAAGAAGGGGAAGGUAAGGUGCUUGCCGGGAUGUUGGCUGGCUGUGGGCACUGAUGGGCUCUAUUUCUUCUUUCCUCUCCUCCAGGACCCCGGCUGUGCCAACCAAGCUCUGAUCAGCAAGAAGCUUAAUGAUUAUCGCAAAGUCAGCCAUAGCUCUGGGCCCAAAGCUGAUUCCUCCCCCAAAAUCUCUCGUGGCCUGGGGGGCCUCAAGUCUGAGUUCCUCAAACAGAGUACUGCACGUGGCCUCAGGACUCAGGACCCUCCCGCAGGGAACAAGGAUGACAGUGCUGCCCCUCCCAAGACCCCCUGGGGCAUCAACAUCAUCAAGAAGAACAAGAAAGCAGCCCCCAGGGCAUUUGGGGUCCGGCUGGAGGAGUGCCAGCCGGCCAUAGAGAACCAGCGGGUACCCCUGAUCGUGGCCGCGUGCUGCCGCAUUGUGGAGGCACGGGGGCUGGAGUCCACGGGCAUUUACCGAGUGCCAGGCAACAACGCAGUGGUGUCCAGCCUGCAGGAGCAGCUCAACCGCGGGCCCGGUGACAUCAACCUGCAGGAUGAGCGCUGGCAAGACCUCAAUGUGAUCAGCAGCCUGCUCAAGUCGUUCUUCCGAAAGCUGCCGGAGCCUCUUUUCACCGAUGACAAAUAUAAUGACUUCAUCGAGGCCAAUCGCAUUGAAGACUCAAGGGAGCGGAUGAAAACGCUGCGGAAGCUGAUCCGGGAUCUCCCAGGACACUACUAUGAAACACUCAAAUUCCUCGUGGGCCAUCUGAAGACCAUUGCUGACCACUCGGAGAAAAACAAGAUGGAGCCCAGGAACCUGGCCCUGGUCUUCGGGCCGACGUUGGUGAGGACGUCUGAGGACAACAUGGCGGACAUGGUGACCCACAUGCCGGACCGCUAUAAGAUCGUGGAGACGCUGAUCCAGCAUUCAGACUGGUUCUUCAGCGAUGACGAGGACAAGGGAGAGAGAACCCCCGUGGAUGACAAGGAGCCUCAGUCGGUGCCCAACAUUGAGUACCUCCUGCCUAACAUUGGCAGGACCAUGCCCCCUGGUGACCCAGGUUCCGAUUCCACCGCCUGCAGUUCAGCCAAGUCCAAGGGCUCGUGGGCCCCCAAGAAGGAGCCGUACGCCCGGGAGAUGCUGGCGAUCUCCUUCAUCUCGGCGGUCAACCGCAAGCGGAAGAAGCGGCGGGAGGCGCGGGGGCUGGGCAGCAGCACAGACGACGACUCGGAGCAGGAGGCGCACAAGCCCGAGGCGGGGGCGCCGGCGCCGGGGGCGCGGGACCAGCCGGAGGGGCCACUGCCGGCCGCCGCCGCUGCCCCCCCGCUCUCCUCUUGA